UUCAUAUACAAUGUCCGAAUGUUGUUUAUUGAUCACAAAAUUUGUUUUGGCUAACAUAAUGGAUGAUAAUCAAAAUAAUGAUGAUAAUGAAACAUCGACGAAUAAAACAAUUGUAUUUAAAAAACGUAAACGUAAAAUUGAAACCAUAAAAACAAUCAAAAUCGAUGAUGAUGAUGAUGGUGAUAAUGAUUCGAAUACAAAAGAUGAUGAUUCAAUUGAUUGGACAACAUUGGAUGAAUUACGUGAAUUACAAAAAGCUCGAAAACGUAUUACAAAAGGUAUCGAUGUAAUGGAUCUAUUAAAACAUGAUAUGACUACGACUAAAAAGAAUGAUGGCGAAAAAAUUGAUGAAAAAAAAUCAUUCGGUUUGACCGAUUCAAAAACAUUAUUGGCCAAUGAAUUAGAUUUGGGUAAUACGUUUAGUCUUGAAACAAAUCGUCGUGAUGAAGAUGCUGAAAUGAUGAAAUAUGUUGAUGAAGAAUUAGCUAAACGCCGAUCAACUAUUACUAAUGAAAAUAAUGGUCGUAAUGAAAAAGCAUUACAACCGGCAGAUUUGACAAAAGAUCUUCUUAUAAAAGCAAUACCCGAUCAUUUAUUAGAAUUGAUUUAUAAUUCAAAAUCUAAAAAUGAAGAAAUGCUUUCAUCACAAAUGUUAUCCGGUAUACCUGAAGUUGAUCUCGGUAUUGAAGAACGAAUCAAAAAUAUUGAAAAAACUGAAACAGCGAAAAAUAAAUUGAUUGAAAAACGUGUACAACGUGAAAUGGAAAAACUUGCCGAUCCGAAUUCCGAUCAAAAUAAUCCUAUGAAAGAUUUAUCAUUUGCACCGAAAAAUCUAGCAUCUUGUUUCAAUUAUCGUCAAAAUAAUCUACUUACAACCAGUAAUAAUAGUGGUAAUAAUUCGAUGCCCAAUCAUCGAUUCAAUUUACAUUCAAUGCCGACAGAGAAUAACGAUCUGAUUAGCCAUUUUAUCGAUAAAGAAGAACGUAAAACACAAGGUAAAUCACAUCAUCGUGAUCAACAUCAACAACAACCUGUACAACAAUAUGAUAUUGAACCGGUAGUAGUUAUUGGUGAUGAACCACUUAAAGUACGAUUGCCGAAACCUAUGGAAAAAGAUAAUCGUAUGCCGGGCAAAGAUAAACCAUUGGAUAAUUAUAUGUUUGAAAAAUUUAAAAAACAUAUCAAAAAACGAUAAAUAAUUUUUAUUUCA